AUGAUUAACAUUUCUAUAUCAAGGUAUAUAUUCUUUCAAGUGCUUCAAUCAGAAAGGAUUUAAGAAUAAAUAAGAGAUUGGCAUAUAAACUUAGAAUAAGUAACCUUUCAAAAUUAGAAUGUGGAAAUUGAACAAUAUACCUAGAAAGAGCAAAACAAUAGCAAUGGUAAAAUUAUUAAAUAAUAAAAUAUAGAAGAGAAAGAGAAUCAAGUAAAUUGA